GAGAUUAAUCCUUGUCAUAAUGGUGAGGGAAUGGACAGUGGAAAAAGUGAAAUGGAGGAGGCUGGUGGUGGUAAAGAAACCUUAGGAAACAGUAAAGGUGAUGAAAGGUACAAAGGUAAAGAUACUCAGCAAGUGCCAAUUGAAGUGUCAAAGAAAUCUGCUAAAUCUGUAGAUGAACCUGUAGAUAGUGUCUUACCUUUUACAACUCAAGAACAUUCCAGCAGUGAAAAUGCUGAAAAACAAACUGAAGUUGUGAUUGCAGACAAAUCACAAGAUGAGGAUAAUAAUAGUUUAUCAGCUGGCAAAGAGGAGCAGGCAAGUCCUCUUAGAAUAUCAUGUAUCAUUGGUGAUCAUGACAUUGAAUCUGCUGAAAGGAAAGAGGAUGCAGAGGUCAGUUCAGGAACAGAAAUUAAAACUUUUAAUAGUAUGACCAGUGAGGACAACUCAGAAAGCCAAACUAUACAAAAGCAAGUACAGAUACAUGGGGAUGUCGAGGGGAAGGAAAGUCUUGAACAUUUGUCUGAAAAAAUAGAAAAGAACGAGCUGUUAGAAAAAGAUAUUUUAUUGGUAUCUGAAAGUACAAAAACCUUAAAAGGGUCUUCUGUAUGUAGCACACCUGUAAAUAAUUCUGUAAUACAAAUAAGUGCCAUUAGAACCCCAAACACUUUGCCAGCGGCUUUACAAAGACAAAAAAGUAAUGCAGUUGGAAGCACUUCCAAAUCAAGUAGUUUAAGUGAUGUAGAUAAUGUGACAAGAAAACCAGUAAGGACUAAGAGGUUACUGUUGCUGAAGAGAGUGGAACAUGAAUACACACAAAAAAGGAUUGCUAUGAAUGAAGUGAUAUCACAACUGGCUUCCCUAGUUCAUGAGGCAACAGAAGAAGAGCGACAACGGCAGUCGUUAAAGUCGACUAUCAGCAAGUUACGGGAAAAGCUGGGCCAAAUGGAGAUACAGCUUGAGGACAAAGCCAGCAAAUUGAAGGCCAAGAUGGCAAGGAUUCGAAAUCUUCAAACCCAAAUAACCAAAGAUCGUGAGGAAAUAAGCCAGCUCGAACACAAGGGAGAGAUACUUGGAAAGAAGGAACUUGGGAGUGAUUACAAAUUGCCAAAAGUUUUGGGGUCUCCCCAUUCAAAGUCAAAGGACCAUAUGAGAAAGAAACAGCUUGCACACAACAUAGAUGCACUUCGUCAGCAGAUUGGCCAGGUGUACAACAGGCAGAUGUACAGUAAGACCCAAGCUAAGCUAGAGGCCAAAACGAAAGCUGUUGAGAAGCAUAUUUCCCCUCUAAUUAAUGUUAAUCAGAAGGAGGAAGGUACUUCUGUAAGGAGAAAAGUAUUACAGUCAGGCCAGGCACCUGUGGGCCAAAACCCAAGUCCUGGCAAUUGUGUGACCCUUCACAUUGCAACUCCACUGAGCGCAACGCAGAAUGUAAAUGUUAGUGUAGCAUGGAACAAAAAGCUUUUUGAUAGUUCACUAAAUAUGCAAAGUGCUGUAAGUAUUAAAGGGGCUCCUUCCAUGAUUAAGAAUAAGGGUCAGGCAAAACGUAAAAUAAUGCAGGACAACGAAAAUGCAAUAAUAAAGGCAGCUAAGACAGAAAAUGUUUGUGCAUCCAAGGGUACAGAAAUGGGAGCAAUAAUUGAUAACAAAGCUCAGAAAGCAAAUGAGAACCUGCCUGCAAAAGAAUUAGACUGUAAAACAGAGACAGUGCAUCCAGCCAGCCAACAGAGUGCCAUGAGUGAUACAAAGAAUGUUUCAUUUGAGGAUAAACAAAGGCAGAAACCCAUUUCUCCCACAAAGGAGCAGACCAGGUCAAUGGAUGUUACAGAGAGGAUAGAUGAAAUGAACAUGCUGUGUCCCUAUGAUUUGUUGGGCCGCUGCAACGACGAUUCCUGCUCAUAUCAGCAUCUGAGACAUCCAAGUCAUUUGACCAGUAAGACUACUGAGAUUCAUGGGGAUCCUACAGGUUUGUCAAGCCACACAUCUGUUUUAGAAAGACAAGGGGCAUUAGGAGAAUGUACGGUAAGAAUAACCUCCUCAAAUGAAACUGAGCCUAAAGAUCCUUUGACAAACAGUGGUAGUGCUGAGAAUAUUGAUGGAAAAGUGGAUUCAGAGCAGACUAUUCCUCAGGCAGACUGCAAAGUAGGAUGGCCUUCAAGUAAGUAAUAGUCAGAUGCCUUGCAGUGACAAGGUUGACAGUAACCUUAAUCUGUGCCAAACAAAUAAGGAAGAUUUUAUUUUUGUAAAACCAACUCAGCACUGUGGUGAUAGUGAAGAAAUUUCAGAGCUAUUUAUAUCAGCUUGUGACAGGUCUGAGAAAUUAAACCAGGGAGUGGACAGUAUUGUAGAGCAAAUAGCAAUAACCCCAUGUAUUUAUUCUGAACAGAAUAAUGAGACAAGUGAGAAAUGUGAAACUUUAGUUUCUUUGAAAGAAGCGGUUAUAGAAUCUGAGAUAAUAGAGGUCAACAAUGAUAAACAUAGAAAUUUGCAUUCAGCAUUGCCACUUCAGUUGCAAGAAGGCUUGCCUGAGGUUUUGGAGGAAUUUUCAAAGAAAAGUCCAGCCGAAAGCAAUACAGAUAUCAAAAGUGUACCUGAGACAGAUAUCAAAGAUGAAUUACCAAAAGAUCUUCUGGAGGAGAAAAUACCAGAGUCUGAUGAGAAAGAAGAAUCAGGAGAGUCAGCUGCUCAGUCACUCCUAUCCAUAGAUGAAAAGACCAGCUCAGGAGAACAAGAGGAUGAGUUGAAAGUAGAAGUUAAAGAUGCCUCAACCACUGCUUUGAAGCAGAAGAAAACUCUUUCAAAGAGGAGUACUCCAAGGAAGCGUACAAGGAACUCAGAUUUAACCUUAGAUCUUGAUGUGCUGUCUCAAAGCCCAGAGCCAACAGCAAGGAGGACGAGGAGAAGUAUUAAUCAAAAAGAUGUGGCCGGAGCACUGAUAGCCACAAAUAGAAAUAGUUCAAAAAAGGAUCUAACAAAGGAAAGAUCCACUCCUGUAAAAGUUUCCCCGAGAAGAGGAGGGCGUAAGACAAGAGGGGGCAAGAGAUAGAGGAGAGUAUGCCUGUAUCUUUUUUUUUCCCUUCAUUAGAUAAUGUGUAUAAAGCUAUAAGCCAUUUCAAGGGGAUACUUAUUUAAAUAAAGAUAUGAAGAGUGGUUACAAGUUCUCUUUACAAGUCAUUGAUUUUGAUUUCUGUAUAUGUAUGUGGAUUAUAUAUAUUUUUUUAUUUUCCUUUUAGGAAUAAAGAAAAACUUGCAUCGUAAGAUGAGCCAUCCCUCCUUCUUUUUCAUUUAAGGAAUAUAUAGUUUUGAUAUGUAUUGUUGAUAUUUGCCACUUUUGUUCAUAAUAUGGUCAGAUAUUUUUCCAACUUUUGAUUACCAAAUUUAUAAAACCAUCUGGUGACUCACUAAACAGAUAAUUCAUGUAAAAAAUUCUUGCAGUAAAAAUCUGCUGUCACUAUUUCAAGUUCAUUUACAAGGAAGUUUUAUGCAGUUUUCAAUAUGAAAUGUUUAUUAGCCUUAUCAAAUAAUAUUAGCCUUUGGAGAUUUCAGUUUGUCCAUUGGAUCCACCACCCAUGUGCUGCCCACCUGCCGCUUGAGGGAAUUAAAAAGUCAUCGCUGGCAGGUGGCGCUGUUGGUGAUGGUGACGGUAGCGAUGUAGGGUAAGAUGUAUUAGACAACGACACCCAUCUUUUGGAUGACUGUAUACACUCACAAAUUUCUCAGUCACUAGAUUAAUUUAUUGGCCCUUAAAUUCAGUCUAGAUCAUUUUUGUUUUUGGCAAUUUCAUACUUUUUUCCUUUUUUUUCCAUUGUUUACUGUUGGUUUCUAGUUUAAAGUGUUUACAGCUAUUUAGAAUUUUUUUUCUAAUUUCAUAAGGAAUUUUGUUUUGUCUUAAAAAGAGUUUUUGCAUUCAAGCCCUUCACCAUGUUUCACAUGCCUUCUAGGUUUUAUCAAGUAAACAGACUAUGCAAAAUUCAUUUAGUUUAGCUUUCUGGUGUUUUCUGGGCACUGCAUGUUCAUGGAAAUUUACAAGUUUGGUCCUCACUCUUGUGACUUAGUUUUUGUUAUUGGACAGUAAAAUAUUUAGAAUGUGAUUCAUAUAACCAGAAAUGCAACCUUGUGGUUCUAACCUUGAGAGGAGUUGUGCUUGUGAAUAUGAUAAACUUUGUCCUACUGCAAAGAAUGACAACUUCCAUGGCUGUUGAUGCAACAUUUGGCAUUUGAGGCAACGAACAGUGCUCAUGGUGACUGCCAACCAGAUGAUUGCAGUGGAGAAAUCUGCUUGCAAGAACUCCAUUUUCACCAGAAGAGAAGGAAGUUAGGAUGGUGAAUGCAAGGCAAAAUGGUGUCUUUAAUUGAUGGUACCUGUGUUUGAUGUUCAUCUUUGGUUCAUCAUUGUCACUCAUCUGGUGCUGUAAGUACAAUCACUGCACAAAUAAUUUAUUUGUGCAUGAUUGGCUGUGAAUGUGUACAUAAUUUGUACAUAUGUUCUUAUUUACAAGAAAAUAAAUGUGGAAAUUCAA